UCAAGAUGGCAAAGUUGUCAGGAAUAUAACAACAGCAGGCUAACCAAGCAGCAAUUUAGCAUUUCAGCUAACAUCAACUCAUGCAUGUGUGGCUGCUCUGUAUCUCCAGACAGUGCAUCUAUAAGAGGGUACUUUGAUGAAAGGUGUGCCCUCAUCCAAGCAAAAUGAGUCUGGCUCUACAUGACCUCCUGGUUUGCUGCAGGGGGUUGGAGAAUGACAAAGCAACAGAGAGGAAGAAAGAAGCUGAGCGCUUCAGACGGCUGCUGAGGAGUCCAGAUGUUGUGCAGGAGCUGGAUCGUGCCUCAGGAUCCAAAGCUAAAGCCUCCAAGCAACUCACAUGGGAUGCUGUUUUCAGAUUUCUACAGCGUUAUGUCCAAAAGGAGACAGAAAGCAUGCAAUCAAGCAAAUCCAACGUCACAGCAACUAUUCUGACUAUCCGGAAGAAGAAGAAGAUGGCAGAAGUGUGCAGCUUGAUCAAAUACUUCAUUCGUUAUGCAAACAAACGCGGGCCUUGUCUAAAGUGCAGUGAGAUACUGAAGCAUGUGAUGGACGUCCUGCACGACUCAUACACCUGUUCAGCCUAUGGAGAAGAUUAUAGCAGCCUCUUAGUAAAGGACAUCCUCUCUGUCCGCAAGUACUGGUGUGACAUCCCUCCUCAACAGUGGCACAAUCUUCUGGACUUGUAUUGUGAUUUGUUCAACUCUUCAUCCAAGUCCAUCAACCGUGUCCUGGUGAGCAGAGUGAUCCACACCCUGGUGCAGGGCUGCUGCAUGCAGACUGAAGGAUUCAACCACACUCUGUUCAGCUUCUUCUCCAAAGCACUGAUGAAUGCCAGGCAGGAGAAACACUUGACUGUGUUGGAGCACCUCGUCUCGGCUCUCAACAUCUUCUUGAGGUGUGCGGCCAUGAACUGUCGGAUGAGGGUGUGUCAGCUGGGAGAGGAGCUCCUGCCGUCGGUCCUGUAUGUUUGGGCGGACAUGAGGCCCAACGCGGCUCUCAAAGAGGAGAUCGUGGAGUUCUUCAACCUGCAGAUCUGUGUUCACCACCCCGAAGGAGCCAAGACACCGGAUACAGGAGCUCAUGCUAAGGACUGGAGCCGGUGGCGCAGUCUGCUCUUCAACCUGUACGAGGCUUUAAUCAGAGAGAUCAGCCAUUUAGGCAGUAGGGGGAAGUACGUCACAGGGACCCGACACAUAGCCGUCAAAGACAACCUCAUUGAGCUCACAGCGGACAUCUGUCAUCAGCUGUUCAGUGAGGAUAAUGACGCCCACGUCUUGGAGGUGACCCAGGCCUCCCUCAGAGCCUCCCACAUGAGCAGUCCCACCCAAGGAGCCGCCAGCAAGCGGCGCCGCAUCGAGCUGGGCUGGGUGGUCCUCCGGGACCACCUGCAGCCGCAGAACAGUGACUUUGAUGUCAUACCAUGGCUGCAGAUCACAGCCGUGCUCACCUCUAAGUACCCGUCCAUGGUGCCGUCCCAGGAGCUGGUCCCGCUGCUGUCCGUGUUCCUUCAGUUCCUGUCGGAGCAGCGGAAAGUAGACAGGGGCCCGUACGUGCUGCGCUGCCUGAGGGAGGCGGCCCGCUGCCAGGCCCGACACCCGGAGAGGGCCCAGGUCCACCGGGCGGAGCUGUCCCGGCUGUGGGGGCGGGUCUGGCUCCUGGCCCUGAGAGGGGUCAGCUCUCCCCAGACAGAUGCCCUCAGCCUGGACCUGCUGAGCUCCAUCGUCCACGGGGGGCUGAUCAACAUGGACAGAGAGUUCUGGAAGCUCUUCUCUGGAUCAGCAUGUAAACCGUCCCACGCUGCUGCUCUCUGUCUAGCCCAAUCCCUGCUAAAGUGUUCGCCCCCAAAAAGUAUCACCCCCAGUUCGGGCUGGGACUGUGUGGGGGUCUCAGAAGGAUCACUGAACCUGAAGGAGACCCUCAUCGCCUGGCUGCUGAUGAGCGAUCAGAGCGAUGAGAUGGAGGAGAGCUCCAGACCUCACCCCAUCAUAUGCAGAGACUUCCCUUACAAUCUAAUAGCGAUCAUCCUGGUCUCCCUGACCCUGAAGGACACCAGAACUGGGCUGAAGUUUCUGCUGGGUGCUGAAGGGGUAGAGAGUGCCUUUUUUCAAGAACAAACCUCAUCUAACGGCAAAGACAACCUGGAAGAGAUCGAGAGGCUUUACCUGCAGUUCAGCUUCAACACUCUGCCCUCACCGCUGCAAGAGAUCGACGGAUCAGUGAAGACGUCUGAAACUGACGGACAGUUCGCCGUCGUCCCCGGCCUCAGGAACAAGCUGGAGCAAUCCUUGCUUUGUGUGGCGGACAACCUGCUCAACUGCUUCUCUCCGGAUUCUCAGGCGACCCCUCCGGAGUGUCUGGUGCGCUGCUUCAGUCUGCUGACAGGGGUUUUAGCAGCGUACGUGUCCUCUGGGUUUCUGAGUGAGGAGGAGGCCUGCCGCUCACCGCUCUUCACUAAAGCCAAGGCUCUGGCCCAGGACUUCAGCGGUUUUGUUUCCGGUGUGAAAGUGAAGAUGGCAGAGGAAGGAACCAUGAGCACACUGAGGUCCGUCAUGAAGCUCUGCACACAGUCAGCCUGCAGAAAUAACAAGGAUAAAAUCUGUCCCAUCUGGUCCACUCUGUUCAUUAAGAUUCUGCCGGCCAGUCUUCUCAGUGAACUGGCUGAGAUCUGCAAACUGUUGCUAAGCAGUGUCUCAAAGAGAGUGAGUGUUGUGGAUGAAGACGACCACAUGGAGGAGGACUGGGACGUGACCAGAACCCAACAAGGGGACGACAUCGACCUGUUUGAGGAGGGGGAUGAGUCCCACAGCAGCAACGGGACCCACAGACAGCAGGGAGACAGCACAGAGGGCUCCUGUGGGCCGGGUGCAAAGAGUCUGUUAGCAGAGGAUCAUCUGGCCCAGCAGGACCUGGCUCUGCUGGCCGUCCUGGACUUCCUGUGUGAGUGCGGCUCCAUGCAGCCCGUCCACGCUCUGCUCUUCAAACCGCAGGAGGUGCGGCGCCGGCUGCUGCUGCUGCUGCUGGCCGAGCAGGUGGACUUCAACAAGGCUCUGCACCUCAACAUGUACCUGCUCCUGCUGAAGAAGCUUCCUGCGGAGGACUCGCUCUCUCCGGAGGAUUUUGAUACAUUGCUUCGUCCUCUAGCGGACCUGUGUUCUCUGCACCGUCAGGACCAGGAGAUCUGUGCCGCUGUGCUGCUGGGUCUGUUACCCUCCAUCAUGAGCCUCGGGAAAACCCAACACAUCCCAGAGGAGAUGAGACACGUUCAGGGGUCUCUGCUGCAAGUGGUGUCUGGAUUCUGUUUCCUGAGCCAAACGGGGAAAUGUGUUGCAGCUGUACGAGCCGCUUUAGUGAGAUGUCUGGUUGCCUUGCUGGAGGCCGACCCGUGUUGUGAGUGGGCGGUGUUGAGUAUCAGAGAGGUGGAUCACCCCGUGUCUGUCCUCCUCCCCUCUCACCUCGCCGACGCACACCACCAGGUCCGCAUGCUGGUGGCCAUGUCCGUGGAGAGGUUGUUUCUUGAGAUGAGACCAGGACGUUUGGAUAAGAGGAAGAUGCUGCUGCUGAAACACCAGCAGGCGGCUUUCGAGAACGUCUACCUGAAGGCUCAGGAAGGAAUGAGGCUCCCAAGGAGCAGCUCUGCAGAGGAGCAGCAGGACGAGGUGUUCAACAGGAAGGCGGCGCUGCUGAAGAGUCUGUCUGUGGUGAUGUGCUGCAGCCCCGUCUGUGAGAAGCAGUCUCUGUUCGCCCUCUUCCAGUCCUACAAGGAGAACAACAUCGAGGAGCAGCUCAUCAAGAAGAUGUUGUGCAGUGUUUCCAGAGCGCUGGGCUACAGGAGCGUGAAAACGUUCGUCAGCUCUCACCUGUACUACCUGGUGGCUGAGUGGCUCGCGCAGAGACAGUCUGACGAUCGCUACACCCUGGGAUCCUUCCCCUUCACCCUCCUGGACCACGACGCAGUAGAAGAGUUCUACAAGUCCUCCUACCAGGUGUUGAUCCCCCACCUGGUCUUCCUGGAUGACUUUGAGCAGGUGAAGUCCAUCGGCAGGUACCUGGAGAAGGACUGGAAAGAGCUACUGGCCGACUGUUUCCCUAAGAUCAUGGUCAACAUCCUGCCGUACUUCGCCUUGUCGGGCCAGGAUGCUCAGGUGGCUCAGAAGAGAGAGAAAGCUCACCGAGUGUACGACCUGCUCAAAGACGCCAGCUGUCUGGGUAAACAGCAAAUAGACAGUCUGAUCCAUAGUAACCUGGCGGACAUAGUGGUGGAGCUGCUGAUGACUCUGUAUGAAGGAAGUGAAGAGGAGAAAGGAGACCUGAAGUGCUUCAUAGGUGAACUGGACCCCGUACCAAACCCACCGUACUUCAGCUCUUAUGUGAUUAAAGCGACACUGGACUACCUCAGCAAGUGUCACAGCGCAAACCACAAGUCUUUGGUCGCCAUCCUGUCAAAAACACCGAUCUCCAUCCAGAGGAUUCUGCUGGCGGUGUGUGAGCGAGCAGCGGAGACGACCAACAGCUACGAGCGCCACCGCAUCCUCCUCAUGUAUCACCUGUUCGUCAGCCUGCUGCUCCGAGAGGUGAAGGACGGCCUCGGAGGAGCCUGGGCCUUCGUCCUCAGAGACAUCAUCUACACACUCAUCCACUACAUCAACAGCAGAGCGCUUCAGUGUGACGAGGUCUCUACCCGCAGCCUCUCUCUGUGCUGCGACCUCUUGACCUCUGUGUGUCGCGCCGCGCUGCAGUUCUGUGACGACGCUCUGGACUGCCACCUGCAGGUCAUCGUCGGGACGCUCACCGCUCAGGUGACCAGCCGGCCCGCCGUCACGCAGCAGGUGCUCAGCCUGUUGCAGUUCCUGGUGAUAGAGAAUCAGCAGAAGUUAAAAGGAGCCAUCAGCCGGUUGGAGCCUUUCCCGGACCUCCCUGAGUUCAGAGAGCUGCGGUCUGUGCAGCACAAGCUCAAAUACAACACUGGGACCUUCACACUCAGAGAGGAGAUAGCCCACUUCCUCUCUGUGACGUCAUGUGACUCCUUACCUCUGACCCGACUGGAGGGUCUGAAGGAGCUGACCCGGCAGCUGCACGACAACAAGGACCAGAUCAGAGAGCUGCUCAAAGAGUGCCUCGCCGAGCCCUCUGACAGUAUGCUGGUGAAGCUGGUCCUCAGUCUGCUGCAGCUCUGUAAGCUCGCUGCCAACCACCCCGGAGGAGCUGACAUUCUGGAGGCGGCGGGCAGCUGUCUGGGAGAGCUGGGUCCGAUAGAUUUCUCCACCAUCGCCCUGCUGCACGGCAGAGACCCCCUCUAUGAGAAAGCUGUUUCUCUCUUCACCUCCACUGAGUCCCAGUGUCUUUACAUCAUCCUCAACUGCAUGAACGAUGCACUCACACAACAGCGUAUUGAGGUGAGGAAAGCAGCUGGUCAGUGUUUGAAGAACAUCCUCGCAACUCAGUCCGGAGUCGACUUCUGGGCGCAACACAAAGACAACAGAGACCCCAUGCUUACCUACCUCAACCCCUUCAGAAAGGCCAAGAAGACGGGUGCAGCUGUGAGUGAGGAGGAGAGUUUGGGGGCGAGGCAGAAGCUGGAGAGUCAGGACUUCUGGAUCCCCCGGGCGGGCGGACACAAGGCCUGGCUGAAGGCUCUGUGCACCGCCCUGCUGGACAGCGGGGGGGUCAAGAGUGAAGCUCUGCUGCUGUCCCGACCGCUGUGUCUGGUGAGGGUGGACUGCUGUCAGAGGCUGCUGCCGCUCAUCAUCCACUCCGUCCUGAUGGACGAUGUGAACGGAUCCUGGAGGCAGCUGCUCUCCUCCCACAUUCAGGACUUCUUCAGCUUUUGUUCCAGAAGCGCUCAGGCCUCCAGCCGCACCGCAACACCUCUCAACUCUGACUCUGAGUCCGACGCUGCCAGUCAGGGCUUGUACGAUAAGACCUCUCUGCGUACCAUGCUGGCUGUCAUCGACUAUCUGAGACACCAACAGAGAUCACUGGAGGCGGCCAGUAAGUCCUGCGGCACGGUGUGUGACUCCAACUUCUGGCUGGAGCUGAACUACCUGGAGGUGGCCAAAGCGGCUCAGUCCUGCUCGGCUCACUUCACCGCUCUGCUGUACUCCGAGAUCUACGUGGACAAGAUCAAAGCUAACAUGGAGGAGGGUCGGAGAACCAAGGCCAGAGCUUCUCGUAGGAUAAAUUUCGAGGAGAACAGCCAGAGCUUCACCAUCUCCAGCCUGACGGAGAAGAGCAUGGAGGACACGAACAUCAGCCUGCAGGAGCUGCUGAUCGAGGUGUAUCGCAGCAUCGGGGAGCCUGACAGUCUGUACGGCUGCGGGGGGGAGACGCUGACCAGUCCCCUGACCAGGAUUCGAACCUAUGAGCACGAGGCGAUGUGGGGGAAGGCCCUGAAUUCAUACGACCUUCACACCACCCUGCCAGAGGUCACUCGGCAAGUGGGAAUUGUGGAGGGCCUGCAGCACUUUGGUCUGAGCAGCAUCCUCGCCACCUACAUGAGGGGGCUGGAGAGCGAGGGGGUGGAGUGGGGCGCCGAGCUGCGAGAGCUCCGCUUCCAGGCCGCCUGGAGGAACACUCAGUGGGACUGUGAGCUGACGGAGAGGAGCGAGAAAUCAAAACUGGGCUUCCAUGAAUCUGUGUUCUGUUCCCUGCAAGCACUGAGGGACAAAGAGUUCUCCAUUUUUGAUGAAACUAUGGAACAGGCUAGGGGUGCGGAGGUGGAGGAGCUGUGCAGAGGCAGUCUGGAGGCGGUGUCCUCUCUGUACCCGGCCCUCAGGAACCUGCAGAGCAUCAGGGAGCUGGAGAGUGUGAAGCAGCUCUUCAGCAGGCCCUUCUCAGACGUGUCCCUGCGGGCGGUGUGCAGCCGCUGGCGGCAGAGCUCCCUGCUGCUCGCUGACAGCGACUUCUCUCUGGUGGAGCCCAUCCUGGCCGUGCGCUCUGUGGCCCAGCAGACCCUGAUAGGCAGGGUGGGAGACCCCGACAGCUCCCAGUACCUCAGCUCUGUGCUCACUGAACACCUGAUGGAGCUCUGCAGGCUGGCCCGCACGGCCGGGAACACACAGCUGGCAGAGCGGGCGGUCCUGCAGAUGAAGCAGCUCGGUGGUGGGGGGGGUUCCUGGGAGUCGUUACCUGUGUUGUCAUGGCGACUGGAGGAAGCCCAGGUGUUCUGGGCGAAGGGAGAGCAGGGCCUCGCCCUCGGGCUGCUGAGAAAGAUGAUCCACAACCUGGAGGAGAAGGUGGACUUGAACCCUGCAGUUGCCCCGGUCUACACCGAGAGUCUCCGGCUCUGUGGGAACUGGCUGGCUGAGACCUGCCUGGAAAACCCUGGAGUUAUCCUGGAGAAAUACCUGGAGAGGGCGGUGGAGGUGAUCGAAGAGCAGUCCGGCGUUCAGGACUCGCGGCUGCUGAGUCAGCGCACCGAGGCCUUCCUGUCUCUGGCUCGCUUCUCCGACGCUCAGUACCAGAGCAUCGACAAAUACAUGACCUCGUCUGAGUUCGAGAACAAGCAGGCGCUGCUGGAGAAGGCCAAGGAGGAAGUGGACCUGAUCAAGGAGAAGAAAAUGAUGUCCAACAGGUACACGAUAAAGGUGGAGAGGGAGAUGGAGCUGGAUCAGAAGGCUCUGUCCAACCUUCAGGCCGACAAACAGCGCUUCCUGUGUAAGGCGGUGGAAAACUACAUCCAGUGUCUGGAGCAGGGGCAGGAGCACGACACCUGGGUGUUUCGCCUGGCUUCUCUGUGGCUGGAGAACGCCGACGUUAAGGCCGUAAACAACAUGAUGAAGAAAGGGGUGAAGCAGAUCCCUUCCUACAAGUUCCUGCCUCUCAUGUACCAGCUGGCUGCUCGCAUGGGAACCAAGAUGGCCCCCGGCUCCAGUGAGGACACGGGCUUCCACGAUGUCCUCAGCGAACUGAUCUGCAGAGCGUCUCAGGAGCAUCCUCACCACACGCUCUUCAUCAUCCUCGCCCUGGUGAACGCCAACAAAGACGAGAACUUCUGCAAGUCGCGUCCACAGCAGCCCUCACAGUUUGACCUGGAGCGUUCAGAUGUGGCCCGGAAGAUCAUCAGUACGAUAAAGAAAAAGAAAGGAGCGAUGAUCCGGGGCAUAGAGCGUCUGUGUGACGCCUACAUCACUCUGGCAUAUAUGGACGUCAGCAGGCACAAGACUGAGACAAAGGCUAUUCCCAUCCCUGCUGAUCAGCCCAUCAUGCAAAUCAAAGACCUGGAGGAGGUUGCAAUUCCCACCAUGGAGAUCAAGGUGGAUCCGUCCGGUUGCUAUGACAACCUGGUGACGGUCCGGUCCUUCCUGCCUCAGUAUCGCCUCGUCGGAGGAGUCAACCUGCCGAAGAUCAUCGACUGUGUCGGCUCGGACGGGACGAGCCGGAGACAGCUGGUGAAGGGCCAGGACGACCUGCGGCAGGACGCCGUGAUGCAGCAGGUGUUCAGCAUGUGCUCCAUGCUGCUGCAGCGAAACACGGACACUCGCAAGAGGAAGCUCAACAUCCGACGAUACAAGGUGGUGCCGUUCUCGCAGCGCAGCGGGGUUUUGGAGUGGUGUUCUGGCACCGUGCCGAUCGGGCAGUUUCUGAUCGAUGCCAGUAAAGGAGCCCACAAGCGCUUCAGACCGCAGGACGCCACCAACCUGGCCUGCCGCCGGAAGAUGAAUGAGGCUCAGAAGCUGGCGUUUGACGAGAAGCUGCAGGUGUUCAGCGAGGUGUGCCGCAGCUUCAGGCCGGUCUUCAGGUAUUUCUGCAUGGAGCGAUUCCUGGACCCCGCGGUGUGGACGGAGAAACGUCUGGCGUACACUCGCAGCGUGGCCACCUCUUCCAUAGUCGGCUACAUCGUGGGCCUGGGGGACCGACACAUCCAGAACAUCCUGGUCGAUGAGCAGACGGCUGAACUGGUGCACAUCGAUUUAGGUGUGGCCUUCGAGCAGGGGAAGAUCCUCCCCACCCCCGAGACCGUCCCCUUCAGACUGUCCAGAGACAUCGUGGACGGGAUGGGCAUCACCGGAGUGGAGGGGGUCUUCAGGAGAUGUUGUGAGAAGACUAUGGAGGUGAUGAGGAACUCUCAAGAAGCUCUGGUGACUAUUGUAGAGGUGCUGCUGUACGACCCUCUGUUCGACUGGACCAUGAACCCUCUGAAGGCGUUCUACCUGCAGCACGACGAGCAGCAGGAGCUCAACGCCACGCUCAGCUCCACCAUGGGGGGGGAGGACAUGGACAACCCCCGGAAGUCCCGCGACAGUCAGAGCUACAACAAGGUGGCGGAGCGGGUGCUGCUGAGGCUGCAGGAGAAGCUAAAGGGGGUGGAGGGCGGCACGGUGCUCAGUGUGGGGGGGCAGGUCAACCUGCUCAUCCAACAGGCCAUGGACCCCAAAAACCUCAGCAGACUCUUCGCCGGGUGGCAGGCCUGGGUGUAGCCGGAGAGGAGCGAUGGGGGAACGGACAUUUUGUAUUUUGGUUUGGUCAUUUUUGACAAAAGGCAGUUCUGUAUUGUUUUAAAAACUAAAAUGGACUCAACAGAUGAGCAACACAUUUUUAUAGAAUAAUACAUUUCUGCUUACCUUUGCACUUUAACAGAACAUCAAGUCAAUUCGACACAUGACCUACCAUCAUCAAAAUAAACCAUAAAUGCUGCAAUAAUCUGAUCAUCUGACCAAAUCUAGAGGGAAUUUACAAAGACCAAGGCCUAAGAAGUGUAUGUUAAAGGUGAAUUAGUUUUGACCCCAUGGGGUGUGAUUGUUUUCAUACUGUUGACUGUAGUAUGACGUUUUGCCAGUGCCUAACAAAUGUCUUUACUUUGACUAAAUGCCUUGUGAAUGUAUGAUAUGCCUUAUCCAGCUGGGAUUUAGUUCAGCUCCUUUUUACUAUUCAUUUAGUGAAAUUAUUAUAUGCUGUAUGGAGCAUCUCUAGGCGGGCAUCCAUAAAUAUAUAUACAUGUGUAAGUGAAAUCUCAAAUGUUUAAAAGCAACUUUAUUAUACUUUUUAUUACAUCCAUGUUGUGCAAAAAAAGCUUGCAACCCUUUAACAUGAUCUCUGUGUAAUUAAA